AUGUCGGAAGAGCAUGCUGCCAACUUUAACGAGAUCCUAGCUACCUGCCAGACUGUACUCCACAAACUGGAAAGCAUGAUGAACAAGUGGAGCGGCAUAUCGGAUACAAGCAAAAGCAAGACAGCACAGAGAUUGUGGAAAAGACUGAGGUGGGAACCAGAUGAGGUUAGCGAUCUACGGAUGCAAAUUACAUCCAAGGUUGCACUUUUAAACGCCUUCACUGAUCAAGCAACAAGCCAAAACGUGGCAAAGCUCGUUCAUCGAAAUGACAAUGAUGAAGAGCAAGCCAUGCUGGAUUGGUUAAGCUCUAUCGACUACAUCCCCCAGCAAAACCAUCUGGUCAGCAGACUCCAAGCCAACUCGAGAAGGUGGCUUUUCGAUUCAGCUGAGUACCAGAAUUGGGAAAAGCAGAGAGGCCAGGUUUUGUUUUGUCCAGGUGACCCUGGUACUGGCAAAACCUUUGCCACGGUCAUUGUGCUUGAAACGUUGCAGGAACAGGCACAGGAUAACCCUCAUGUGCUGAACACGUUCACGUACUGUACAUAUCAAGCGCCCGACCAGGACGUCCAGGGUCUGAUAUCCAGCUUAUUUCGCAAUUCUCUACAGCAAGCUGCAAAUAUUCCCGAGGCUAUCCUUUCUAAAUGA